GGGAAUGGGGCUGGCAUGGAAUGUAUUGCUAUAUAAUUAGCUUACCUCUUCUCUCUUCCCCAUGUUCAUUUUUGUCCCCGCAAAUCUGCAAUGGCACCCUCAGUCACACAGAAAUUAUGGGUUCCUGCUGCAGCUCUACUCUGCUUCUCUGUUUUUUGCUGCCACUUGGGAGUUGCGGACUAUGACCUGCCCGAAACAGGGCCUGAGUUGGGUGGAGACCCAACUCAAAUUAUUGCCAAGGCCUUGCUCUGUUUCGAUGAUAAGUCUAUUUAUGGCAGCUGUGAGGAAAGUUACAGAUUGACACAGAGCGGGAACCUGAACGUGCCUCAGGAGUACACGGAUGAGUACUGCGGGGGGCCCUGCCUAACGGAGACCAACCUACUGCUGAACUGCAUUGACAAUGUUUUCUCAAACUUUGAGUUUUACAACAAGGCCACCGUACAGGCCAUUAGGGACACAGUGCAGGCUGGGUGUAGCUACUCCGCUCAAAGAGGGGACUUUAACGUUGCAGAGCACAUUCAAGGUGAAGCAAGCAGGGCAUACAAGACUCUGAUCAAUCCAAUCCUGUUUGGAUUUUCUACUUUGUGGGCAUUUGUAUGGUUAGUAAUGACUUAGAAACUUGAAAGAUUUGGAGAUGGCAAUAUAUGUGGCAGUACAAGCUUUAUGUAUUCCUUAAAGAUCAUAAUGGUAUGUUAGAAUAAUAAGUAAUAAGAUUAUUUAUGUUCGUAGUCAUGAAAUUGUAUGAAUUAAGAAA